AACUUGCAAUACAUGGUGGACAGCGCAGCCGGAGGAGAUAUUGGGGCCAAAACUACCGAAGGGAUGAUUACGAUCUACGAGACGAUGAGUGCUACCUCGUCUCAGAAAAGUGUCAGAGAUAAGAGGUCUACAGUGAAUGAGGUUGGUUCGAGUAAUAAUGCCAUAGCCCAGCAGUUAGCCGAGCUCACGGAGCAGAUGCGGCUACUGAAUGCUCGAAAUUCCUCGCCGAUUCAGACAAUGGCAGUAAAUGCUUGUGGGGCAUGCGGAGUGCAGGGCCACAGAUUUGAGGUGUUCCCGAAAGCUAUCGACCCGAGCUACGGAGGACAGAAUACCGAGGUAAAUGCAGUGCAGGGUUAUCAGAAUCGGGCCGGAAAUGACGCCUACUCGAACAUGUACAACCCGUGGUGGCAAAACCACCCUCACUUCUCAUGGUCCAACAACCACUAUCAGCAAUCACCUCAGACCAACUUUAAGAGUGUGCAUACCUUUGGGCGAUUCAACAGCUCACUGAGGAGGCGUGUUUGCGAGAGCACGCCAAGAGGUCAUUACAAGACCGAGCCUAUGUUGGGAAAG